UUCCUCCUUUUAUUUUUUGACACACGCCGUAGACGUGCUCUAAUAGCCCAUUGCAGUUUGAGACACACACUUUACAGUCACACACACACACACACACACACACACAUUAGCACGCACGAUUGAACUAACAAAAAAAAAAAAGAAGCACUCACUCCUCAACUCCACCGGUGGGGGGACAUAGACACCAGAUGAGAUUUGUUUCCAAACGCGCACCGAUGGCGGUGUGAGGCGUUUGGCUGAGAAGUACGCGGCUCUGUGGAUUUGUGAACCAUUCUUUUUUUUUUUUGGCGUUUCCUCUCCAGCUCCGGAUCUUGGUUAAGUGGACAUAAACAAAGCUAUGGAUUACUCAGUUUUCCUACUUUUACUCCUGUCAACCAUUUCGUCUGUGUCGACCGGACUAUUCCCAUCAGAGCAGAUGGUAAAGGAAUGGACGGAACAGAUACAAAAAGAUUUGGUCGCAUUAACAGACUCAGCCACUGGAAUAGACGACCUAACACAGAUAUAUCAUGACCACAGACCUGACUUCAUGGUUGGGUCCAACAAUGCGAGGGAACUUGUGGCGACGGCUGCUGGGAAUAUAGAAAAACUGCUGGCUAACCGCUCCCAAGCUCUUAAGAGGCUGGCUUCAGAAGCAGAGAAGUAUCAGAUGGAGCAUGUGUGGAGGGAUGACAGCGAGGCCGACAAGUUUGUUUACUACUACGCCAAAGAAAAACUUUAUGAGACAGAUGACGUAAAAAGAAGAAAGAACGCAUAUGUUCCAGAUGAUCUGCAGAUAGACCCUGACUUCAAACGGCUCGUCUCGUACAACACCACCGCCGUCCACAUCCCCACGGAUAUAUACGAAGGCUCUAACAUAAUUUUGAAUGAGCUAAAUUGGACCGAGGCCUUGGAGGAAGUUUUCCGGAAAAACAAAGAGGAAGAUCCCUCGCUUCUUUGGCAAGUGUUUGGCUCUGCCACCGGACUGGCUCGGUACUACCCAGCAUCUCCUUGGAUAAAUGCAAACACCUCAGACGAUAAAAUCGACCUUUAUGAUGUGCGCAGACGACCAUGGUACAUUCAGGGGGCGGCGUCACCCAAGGACAUGCUGAUCCUGGUGGAUGCGAGUGGCAGCGUUUCUGGUCUAACCCUGAAACUCAUUCGAACGUCUGUUAGCAAGAUGCUGGAGACGCUCUCCGAUGACGACUAUGUGAACGUGGUUUAUUUCAAUGACAAGGCCAUGCACGCGGCGUGCUUCAAAAACCUGGUGCAGGCCAACACCCGCAACAAGAGAAAGCUCAAAGAAGCUGUGCAGAGAAUCACCGCUAAGGGGAUCACCAACUACAGAGGCGGCUUUGAGCUUGCCUUCGAACAGCUUGCACAGUUGAAUGUAUCACGAGCAAACUGUAACAAGAUCAUCAUGCUCUUCACUGACGGAGGAGAGGAGCGGGCAGAGGAGAUCUUUGAAAAGUACAACCCGACACAAGAGGUGCGCAUCUUCACAUUUUCAGUGGGUCAACACAACUAUGACAAAGGACCAAUACAGUGGAUGGCCUGCAAAAAUAAAGGUUACUAUUAUGAGAUCCCAUCAAUAGGGGCCAUCAGGAUCAACACUCAGGAGUAUCUGGAUGUUCUGGGCCGGCCUAUGGUGAGAGCAGACAGAAGGGCCAAGCAGGUUCAGUGGACCAAUGUCUACCUGGAUGCUCUGGAGCUCGGCCUGGUGAUCACUGGAACUCUGCCUGUCUUCAACAAAACCCACACGGGCUCAAAAGUAGGCAAAAGACAACCCAACUCCCAGAAAUCUCAAAACCAGCUCAUCUUGGGUGUUAUGGCGAUUGAUGUCUCCCUUGACGAUAUCAAGAGACUGACGCCUCGUUUCACUUUUGGACCAAAUGGCUACUAUUUCGCCAUCGACCCGAAUGGAUAUGUGCUCCUCCACCCUAAUCUCCAGCCCCUGACUGCCAAGUUUCAUGAACCUGUAACGCUGGACUUCCUGGAUGCAGAGCUGGAGAACGAGAUCAAAGUGGAGAUAAGAAGAGAAAUGAUCGACGGCAUGACAGGGAAUUACACAAUUUCUACUUUAGUAAAAUCACAAGAUGAGCGAUACAUUGAUUUAGGUCAGAGGACGUACACCUUCGCGCCAGUGAAGGGGACAGAUUACAGCCUCGCCUUGGUGCUUCCAGAGUCCAGUAUGCAUUUCAUCCAAACUACUAUCAGUGACACAAUCACCCAAGCAAAAUGGGAAAAUGUUUCUGAAAGCCUGCUGGUGGACAAGUUUGAUGAAUACGGCUACACAUUUAUUGCACCAAGGGUGUACUGUAAGGACCUAAAGCCACCAGACAAGAACACAAACAACACAGAGUUCCUCAUGGAGUUCAACGAUUACAUCGACAUCAAGACUCCAAACAACCCCAUGUGUAAUGUGGAGCUGGUGAACAGAUUGCUUUUGGAUGCUGGCAUCACCUCAGAGCUGGUCAAGAAUUGGAAAGAUAACGAGUUGCAGAAUGGUGUCUUGGCCAGAUUUGUUGCCACUGAUGGAGGGAUCACUCGAGUCUUCCCAAAGAGUGCUGGGCUGGACUGGACAGAAGAUGCAGAGACGUAUGAGUCAAGUUUCUACAAGAGAAGCUUGGAAAAUGAACUUUACAUGUUUACGCCCUACACUAGGAAAGAUAAUACAAGUGAAUCACUUCUGGUAAGCAGAGCAGUGAACCUGGACAUUGAUGGCAUCACACUCAAACCAGCUGUGGUUGGCGUGAAGCUGGACAUUAGCAUGUGGAUGGAGCGCUUCAUCAAUAUCACACAGAAGUUGAAUUGCAACGAUGAGCUCUGUGGCUGUCUGCGGAAUGAUAAGAAUAUAGAUUGUGUCAUUCUGGAUGACGGGGGCUUCCUGGUGAUGACCAAUCAAGAGGACGAUAUUGAAAAGAUCGGCCGCUUCUUUGGUGCCAUCGACCCGAUCCUCAUGAAGAACCUUGUCAACUCAUCCCUGUUCACCUUUAAGAAGACCUUCGACUACCAGUCGCUCUGUGACCCCAAGAGGGAGAGCAAGACGGCUGCAGGCCUGCGUUCCGUCUACGUGCCCACAAUCGCAGAUAUUCUGAGUGUUGGAUGGUGGGCGACAGCUGCAGCCUGGUCAAUUCUGCAACAGUUACUGGUCAGCAUCACAUUCCCCAAUUUCCUGGACGCAGCUGAGAUGGAGGAGGAACAGUCAGACGCGAUGAUGAAAGAGGUCUGCAUCACGGAGCAAACACAGUACUACUUUGAGACUGAGACUGUGUCCUUCAGAGGCGAAAUAGACUGUGUGAACUGCAGCAGGAUGUACCAUGCAGAAAAGCUCCCCAAGACAAACCUGGUUUUUAUCAUCGCUGAUGGGAAACUCACCUGCUUGUCCUGUGACAACAAGCCGUUAAUACAGGACGAACAGCAGUCUGAAGGUCCGAAUACCUGUGAACUAGCCCAGAAUCCUCGGUACAGGAAAGGGCCUGCAGCCUGUUUUGACAACACUGCACAUGAGGAGGACCCUGACUGUGGAGGGGCGUCCGGACUGAGCCCCUCACUGUGGCUUAUGGUAGGCCUCCAGCUGGUGCUGCUCUGGGUUAUGUCCGGCUCCAGACAUCAUCAAGCCAUCCCGUCAUGACCUCGGAACAUCUCGAACACACCCUCUUAUCUCUCACUCCCUUCGUUAUCUGCAAAAUGGCAACCAGCAUGCCACUGAAAUGACGAACGCCGAAUGAGAAGCGCUUGUGACAAACAAACAGAAAACGUGUGAGCCCUGCAUCCUGCAAGUUCAUUCUUUUGAUACCUUUUUUUCAUUGGAUUUUUAAAGUGAAUUCACCGGGUUCAAAAGUACCAAGUGUGAAAGAAAUGGAUAUUAGAAGACAUCCGUUUGAAAGAUUAGAGAACACGACCUACGCCUAUCCUUCAUCACUCCACUGGUCCCUGCCAGCUAAGAUUAGAGGAAUCCAGAGAUUCAUCUUGAUUGGCGACCUCUGGACUUUAUCUGGCUUGUUGUCAUUGAUGAAAGAGAUCAGACUGCCUUAUCGAAUCGGAGGGAUUUGAAUCACAACAGAGGGGCUUUCUAUUUAUUGAAGAUGCUGAGCAGUUUUCUUUUAACACUGCCAGAACAAGAGCUGCCCUUCGCAAGGGGAACACUUUGGUUUGAGUUGAUUUGCAGUGGGUAGAUUUUAGGUGUUAAUUGUUUUUGUGGUUGAGAAUUCAGCUAAGAUUGCAGUAACAGAUGCCAAAUUGUUACACCACAAGCUUGUGCCCUUCUUUUGCCUCUGUUGGGUUGCUGAUAAAAAUGUGGUUGUAGUCUUCUAUUUUUGAUUGCGCUACCCGGGACAUUUUUACAGUCUCUAAGAGGAUUCUCAUGAUAAAGCAUCUUCAUUUUUGCCACAGUGUUCUUUCAUGUAGAUACAGUGUGGAAAUCAUUGCUGUUUUAAUGCACAGACACCAACUUCAAUCUUCAACUGCCACCUGCUUCUACGUGCACGGUUUUCCGGCUGAUCAUCCAACCAUCAGAUGUGAUCGAAACCACUCUGUGGACGAUUUGGAUUUCCUGCCUUUUUUUUGUUGGACUGCUCCAAUGAAAACUUUGUUGCCAUAGUGCGCAUUAACCAAUCAGGGUGAGCCUGGCUGGUGUCCUAUGCAUGCUCACUGGACAGAAUCUCUAGUGCCAUGUGGACUGUGUGACUCAGAUGAACCCUUUAGCUUUUUAGACCGUGGCCGCUGAGUGGAAAGGAGGGUAGCAUUUGUUUUAUGACUUACUGGGUUAUUUAAAUGAAACGCAAGGACGGCAUGCUACUGUGUGAUUUGUUGCCACCUUUACAGGACAAGAACUGGGGUUGUGAGAAUUCAUAUUUAUCAUUCUCAUCAGCAAAAUAUCAAAACAUGACAUUUGUAUUCACUCACUGCUGUCACUGUGUUAAUUAUACGACUUUUAUUUACUUUUAAAUUUUACAUCCUGACUGAAAACCUCUAUCUAUGUCCAGUACUGAGGUUCCCACUUGCAGUUUCUUAUACUGGUAUGAUCUCACCUAGCAGACUUCAGUCAGUCCUCACUUCUAACCUUAUCUACCGCUGUAUUUCAUUUUCUCCAACAUCAGUUCAUCUUGUUUCAUUUUGUGUGCCUUUUUGUCCACUAGUUACACAUACAUGACAUGUGAGAACUUACAGGAAAUGUUAUGUAGACACGUUUAUUUCAGUUGUGUCAUCUUUCAAAGCAAACAAAAUCCACCAAACUUAGAAAAAGGAUGACUUUAACUGCACCAAUUCUUAAAGCUGCUUAUUAAAAGUAAAUCAGACCUAGCAUAUGAGGAUAAGAGUAAUAAUAUCUGAAUUAAAGCUACUGUGAGGAGUUUUAAGCUAGUUGUGAAACAGAUUGAAAUUCAUCCUGAUGUCUCUCGAUAACCUUAAAAAAAGCAAAAGCAAAAAAGCAAAGAAGACCUUUAAAAAAAAUGACUUCAUCUAUAGAGUUGUCUGAAAGCACCAACAGGGGGGUGGGUGUCACCCCAAGUGUGAGCAAUUUUCACGUUCCAUAGCACAGUUACAUUUGACUGUUAAAAAAAAGAGUAGAAUAAGACUUUAAAUCAAGAAAUGCUAAUUACACAGUGUGAAAUCAGCUUUGUCCACAGAAGGCACCAAAAUCAACACAAACUUAAAGCUCCUCACAGGAGCUUUAAAUAACUUAAAAAUGAAAAUGUUGUUCCGAUAUGAAGAAACGAUUUUUAAAGAAAGAUGUACUAUGUUUUUUUUUAGGUUAAUUUAUUUAUUUAUACAAUACUAAAAAUUGACGAAUACUCAAGUAGGCAAGUAGUUAGCGCAACAUCCGGCGGACAACUUGAGUGUUGUGAUUGUUGUAACUUGUUGCACUUAACAGUUUAUUUGGCGCUGCUGUAAAGGGAAAUCCUGCAAUUUAAUUUGUAUUUAUUGUGCAUUGGUUCCUAGAAAAAAAUUGACAAUCACAGGUUAAUGACUCAUUCAUAAAUAAUGUGUGGUACCUCACUGAAAAGGCAGAAAACUGCUUUAUGAUACCAGAUGCUUUAAGGGUAUAGACCACAAUUUUACUGCCUACUAGUGCCCCCAAAUUCAUCACACUUUGUUCUAAUUUACUGUAAAAAGAAAAAAGAAAUUCACAUGUUUUUGUAUUUAACAUUUUCAAAACAACACUGAAAGCUGAGUUUGGGGGAACUACACCCACACUUACACCAAAACAAAACCAGGGACUUCAUCUUUUUUAUGUGUGUGUAAUGUAUAAACACUGACACAUGUUUGAAGGAAACUGCUUCAUUCUGUCGGGGAGUAAAAACUAUUCAAGAAAACCAUUGUAAUCUUUGUGUGCCACAAUACCGCCACCAUUUAAUUCUCUCACUCACACAGAAUUUUUAAAGAUUUAUUGCCGUCACAUCAUACCGUGCUGAAAAAUGCCCAUCAUUAUAAUGUCAGGGGAAUUUAAGGUGCACUUUUUACUCUCACUGUUUUCCACUAUAACUGUCCAACAAGUACAGUGUGCUGAGACUAACAAUGAUAUUUAUGCUCCACAUUUACUAACUCAGACAUAUGAAGUGCCAUAUAGGACUCUCUUAUUCUCUUGUGGAGAAACCUAUUAUCGUACUAUGACAUUUAUGCAAUUUAUCAAGGCAGAUGUAAGUCUCUUCAAUGGUUUCCCUGUGCUGCAUGGUAGUGGCUGACUAUCUGAUUAAAAAAAAAACAUAUCCUGUGUGCUCCUGCUUUAGUGUGUAAUGUUGGGAAGCAUAAUAUUCUGGGUGUCUGGCAUUUGUUCAUGAUAUGAUACGGUAUGAUCAGCUAUUACUGCCUUUCUCUUGGGGGGACAGCAUUUGGCUCCAGCCUGGUCGAAGUUAGCAGGAGAAGGAACCUGAUUGAAAUGCACUACUCGGUGUUAUUUUAACAUUGUAGCAGUGAUUCAGCAAGAUGUUGGCUACUUAUUACAAAUCAUUAAUACUGGAUGUUACAGCUGAUAUUAAAACCAACUAUGUUGUGGUUCAGAUUUUAAGCUAUGCUAGCAGCGCGGCUUCACAAGUAUUGUUUGUCAGUCGAUUCAUCGAACACGUUGGUCCACACUGAAUUCACUUCAAAAUGAUUGGCUGGGUGGAUGUUGCACAAACAUUUAAAGAUCCCAGAGGAUGUUUUUAGAUGAUUUGUAUCCUGACUUUAAACUUUGCCACAAAGAAGUUGGCAUUUGCAGUUUUGAGUAAAAUGUCUCAAUAACUUGAAUCUUGUGCAAUUAAACCUGAAAGAUUGAUGAGA